ACUUAUCCUCCCAAGAAGGUCUCGCAAGAAAGGUUAUGAAUUCUCUAUACCUGGACUACUCCACGGACAAUUCCUACAUGGGUUUCUCCCAGAAAGUCUCCAAAGCAAUGAAAGCCUGCGGAGAUCUCCAAUCUAUAUACGAUGCUCGAAAGCUUCAUGCUUACCUGAUGUCCACGGGUUUUGGGUCUUCAAUUUUCCUUCAAAACCAUUUAUUGAAUAUGUAUUCAAAAUGUGGCUCAAUCGAAGACGCACGACGGGUUUUUAGUGAAAUUGAGAAACCCAAUGUUUUCAGUUGGAAUACGAUGAUAAAUGGUUUGGCAGAUAUGGGUCGGUUGACUGAGGCAAUGCAUUUGUUUGAGGAAAUGCCGGACAGAGAUUCUGUUUCUUGGAACUCAAUGAUGUCAGGUUAUAUGCAAAACCUGCAAUAUGAAGAAACUUUGAAGGUUUUUGUUUCCAUGGUUCGAGAUUUUAAUUGUAGACCGGAUUCAUUCUCUUUCUCCUGUGUGAUGAAGGCUUGCGGUAUUCUUCAAUUCCUUGAAUUUGGUUCGCAAGUGCAUGGUCUUGCAGUGAAAUUUGAUUUUGUAAGAGACCCAUUUGUUGAAACGUCGGUUCUUGAUAUGUAUAUUAAAUGUGGAUCUAUGAACUCGGCCGAUCAAGUGUUUCACCAGCUACCCAAUCCAAGUCUUUUUUGCUGGAAUAGUAUGUUGUUUGGCUAUUCAAAAUCUUCUGGCGUGAAAAAAGUACUCCAAUUGUUCCAUCAGAUGCCUGAGCGAGACCAUGUAUCAUGGAACACAAUGAUUUCAAUCUUGUCCCAGCAUGGGCUUGGGGCCCAAGCUCUUUCUAUGUUCAUAGAAAUGUGGAACGAAGGUUUUAGACCCAACUCUAUGACUUACGCUAGUGUUCUUAGUGCUUCCACUAGCAUUCUUGACCUGGGAUGGGGUAGACAUCUUCAUGCCCGUAUUAUUAGAUAUGAAUCAGGAGUUGAUGUUUACAUGGGUAGUGGUCUGAUUGAUAUGUAUGCAAAAUGUGGAUGCUUAAAAGAGGCGAAGCGGGUGUUUGAUAACUUACUUGAACAUAAUGAAGUCUCUUGGACUUCUUUAAUUGGAGGCUAUGCACAAUCAGGCUACGAAGAAGAAGCAUUGAUGUUGUUUAACCAAAUGAGAGAGGUUCCAGUUACCACAGACAGGUAUACUCUUGCCACUGUUCUAGGCAUGUGUGCAAGUAGAAAAGAUAUUUCUGUUGGGACACAACUUCAUACCUAUACAGUUAAGAUUGGACUGGACUCCUCUGUUCCUGUUGCAAAUGCUCUGCUUACAAUGUAUGCUAAGUGUGGAAGUGUUCAAAAUGCAAACCGUGUGUUUCACUUCAUGCCUGCAAGAGACAUAAUAUCAUGGACAGCAAUGAUCAGUGCGUUGUCCCAGCUGGGUGAUAUUGACAGAGCCCGAACAUACUUCAACAAGAUACCUGAACGGAAUGUAAUAACUUGGAACUCAAUGUUGGCUACAUAUUUACAAUACGGGUUUCAGGAAGAAUGUCUGAAAUUGUACACUCUGAUGCUAAGAGAAGGACUGAAUCCAGAUUGGAUUACUUUUGCAAUUGUUUUUGGUGCCUGUGCUGACGCUGCAGUACUUAGACUUGGCAACCAAAUUAUUGCUCAAACUACAAAGUUUGGAUUCAAUUCUGAUGUGCCAGUUGCCAAUAGUCUUGUAACAAUGUAUUCAAGAUGUGGCCGCAUCAAUGAAGCACGAGAAGUUUUUGAUUCAAUAAUCAAUAAGGAUUUAGUUUCAUGGAAUUCCAUGAUGACAGGUUAUGCUCAGAAUGGUCAAGGGAAGAAAGUGAUUGAGAUUUUUGAAGAAAUGUUUAAGGCAGACCUGGCACCUGAUCAUAUAAGCUACAUUGCCAUUCUAUCAGGUUGUAGCCAUUCAGGACUCAUAUCAGAAGGUCAAUAUUAUUUUGAUUCCAUGACCAAAGAUCAUGGACUCUGUCCAAGGUCUGAGCAUUUUGUGUGCAUGGUUGACCUUUUUGGUCGAGCUGGGUUGCUAGAACAGGCCAAGAACUUGAUUGACAAUAUGCCCAUCAAACCAAGUGCCAGCAUCUGGGGAGCUCUUCUUGGGGCUUGCCGCAUCCAUGGCAACACAAAACUGGCUGAAUGUGCUGUCAAGAACUUGCUUGAGUUGGAUCCAGAAGAUUCUGGAAGUUAUGUUCUUCAAGCCAAUUUAUAUGCUGAUGUGGGCAGGUUGGAUGGUGUUGCAGAAGUAAGAAAAUUGAUGAGGGAGAAGGGAAUUCGGAAGAACCCCGGUUGCAGCUGGAUUGAAGUUGAUAACAGGGUACAUGUGUUUACUGUAGAUGACACGAACCACCCACAAAUCAAUGAUGUCCUUAGGAUGUUAGAAGAAUUAAUUAAGAAGAUAGAAGAUACAGGAAAAUAUGUGAACAAAAUUAGUACAAGUAGAACUCAAGGCUACCAUAGCGAGAAGCUUGCAGUAGCUUUUGGGUUGAUCAACUUGCCUCCUUGGAUGCCAAUCCAUGUUAUGAAGAAUCUUCGGAUCUGCACAGAUUGUCACAUAGUGAUGAAGUUAAUAUCUCUUGUCACCACUAGGGAAUUGAUUGUGCGGGAUGCCCUCCGUUUCCAUCAUUUCAAAGAAGGAUGUUGCUCUUGUGGGGAUUACUGGUAAUCUAUGGUAUGUAGAAUAUCUUCUCAUUUAUCAGAUCCUCCCCACCCCCCCUUUUCUCUAGCCCUCGAACUUGUUCAGUAACUAUGUUGUUUUAUUCAGGGAGCUCCAAUAAUAUAAUGUAAAGGAGA